ACACAAACACAUCUCAGUCAAAAUCUCUUCACAUAAUGGCUUACAAACCUUCCCCUUUCCUUGCACUUCUUCUCAUCUCCACCAUCCUUCUUGCCACUACAUGGCAAGUUUCUGGACGCCACAUUAGUCCAAAGAACUCAAACACUCGGGACAAGAAAGAACCUCAGUUUUUUUCCUCCUCUGAUGGCAGUGUCUAUAUUCCAGGCAUUGGGAGAGUAGGAUAUCCUCCUUUCUCUGGUUUUACACCUCAAAAUCCAGACACUGGUGGUAGUGGUGGAAUAGGGUCAGGAUCAACAGGUGGUGUGUCUGUCCCAAACCCUGGUUUUGGGGUCCCAAACCCUGGUUUUGGGGUCCCAAAUCCUGGUUUUGGGGUUCCAAGCCCUGCCAGUGGUGGUGGACUUCCAACUCCAGUUCAUCUGUGAGUCCUCUUAGUCAUGAGCCAUCUUGCAUUAUGCAUGAUUGAACUAGUUAUAAGGAGUAGUUUCAAAGCCUGCUAUGCUUUUGAAAUACUGAAGUGCUUGUACUAGUGAAUAAGUUCUGUCUACAUUGUCUGCUAUAUAAUAUGCAAAGCCUUUCUGCUCUGCUCUUGUUUAAAAUGAAUUAAGCAUGCUGUACUGAUGGUUGUAUUACUCGGCCCUCAAUCAUUAAUCAUAACUCUUCAAUUUUAA